AUGGUAUACUUUAUCGUCAUGUUUUUCACUUGGAUCUCUUUCUAUGAUUUAAAUCUACCUGGAUGUUCAAAGAUUCAAAUUAUAUUCUUUUUCUUAUGUUAUAUUGGAGUAUCGAUUGCAUGGUUGAGUGUAGUGACAAAGAUUAAAAAGGAGGAUAAUCGAUUGGCAUAUUCGUUUAUCGAUGCCAUUGUCAUUGCCUUUUGUGCCGUAUGUUAUUUGAUUCAUGUGAUUAUACACAAGUUCAAGAAACAGUAUGUCUAUGGUGUCGACGAUGUUGUAGUGGACGAGCGUGGUGUCAAACGUCGCAAACGUCGUUCCAAGCCAUGGACCAAGCGGUUAAGCAAGAUUCUGUGCUACUACAAACUCAUCGAUAUGGAUGAAGACGACCAAAAGAACCAAAUAGCAAGAGACAUUAUGACCGACGUCACAAAUGCACGUGAUGCCAGUCUGCCACACCACAAUUCGGUCAAUGUGACCGAGGCCAGCGGCAACCCAUCGGAUCCAAACUUUUUUAGACACUCUAUGUAUGCUCCGCGAGAGGAGAAACACGUGCUCAAGACAUUUGAAGGUGGAGGCAUUGAGAUGGCUACCAUCAAGGACCAGUCGUCUACACUGACAUCGUCACAAGAGCGUGAUGCACAGACUGAAUUUUUCAAAAAGAAAAAGGGAGCUAGCGAGACGGGAGGAGACAUUAGUUCGCGUACACAAUACACUGGACAACUACGUAUAUCACCAUCUGUAAUGGAUGAACUCAUGCCCAAAUACGAAACAUCAUUUAGAAAUUACAUUUGCACUGUAGUCUACCAGAUUGCAGUCGUUGCAACUUGGUUUUGGUUGCACAACUUUGCGACACUCGUUAUUGAAAAGGAUCUCUUUUCGACGCCGUUCCUUGCGCUUCUCUCGAUUGUGCUUUUCCACGCCAGUCGUCUCAUGUUGAUGGGUGUCAGCAACAUUUUGAAUCGUCUGCUCAGUCCCCGCGAACUCACCUACUUUACCUUUUUCCAAUUCCCACUCAUGUUUUUCCUCUACUAUCGUAACCUGUUUCUCAAUAUCAAUAGUUGGGGUAUCACGGUGCUCGUGUCGCUCGUACUCUUUGUCUUUGACAUUGCCUACUAUCCGCUGCACAUGACCAAGCGUUACUGGAUCUUCCGUCACCAGCAGCUGGCCAUCUACCUCGAGAAGCGUGGUACCACCAGUCGCAUCUUUAGAUGGUUGCGUGUCGCACUCGACGAUCCCAACCCUUCCUACGAACAACAUAUCUGCAAGUUGUCCGUCGAAUACUACUAUGACAAGAUGGCCGAGUACACUAGCAUUGUCACAAUGGUCGUCUUUUUGUCACUGAUCCGUGCACUAAAGUACAAGAUCUCGUACUACCCCAGCUUUGAGGAGCUAGACACCGAGUCAUUCCACCAACUCCUCUUCCGAUACCUCUACCUCGUCUGCUUUGAAAUGGCAUACGAUCUUGGCAUUCGUUUCUUUGCUCGUCGAUUCAUGAAGAUUGAUAUCUCCAACAGAGGCAGAAACGAAACCAUCUCUCAUUUUACCACUAGAUUCAUCUACACCUUCUUUUUGUUGUAUUGUCUCAUGGACGUCUAUAACGCCCAAGUCAUUUACAAUGAUAAUGUUGAUUUCUCCUCUACCGAUGAUACCAUUAGUAAUUCCCUUAUUGCAAAUAUUAUUCAAAAUUUUAUUAAAUAA